CUACGCCCAUCAUGCCCAGAAUCUUCCCCAGCUUCAAGCUCCCCCUCCCCGCCCUAACCACUAUAACCACCACAACCCUCCUCCUUCUUACACCCCACCAAACAACAGCCUACUUCUACAAAUACCCCGCCCUCUUCGUCUACAAAGACACCAACUGCACCGAUAUCUCCUUCUCGCUGGUGUACCCCAGCCUCGGUGACUGUAACGGCGGGUACUAUGACUACGCGGGCUCAUUCCAGAUGUUCAAUAUUUACGCCGCGUAUACCUGUAACGACAGCGACACGACACUUACGUUCGAAAUGUAUAAUAGUUCUGGAACGGAUUGCGGAGAUGAGAGUGAUUUAUUGUUUAGGCAGCCGGUGACGGAGGAGUGUACGGCUGCGGAAGUGGAGAGCCCUGGGCCGUUGGAGAUGCCGGUUUGGUUUGAGUUGGGGUGUAUGUGAUGGAGGUUUUCGGGGGGAGGGGUGGAUGUUAAUCUCAUCAUAUUUUCACAUACAACGAUGAGGCGCUACGGGUGAAACCUGUUUCUUUCCGCCCGGAUAUUUAUAUAUGUCGCUGUAUGGAGGGUUAGUUGCCCAUAGAUGACUGCCGACGCAUGUACGAU